AUGGCCGCCUCUCAGCAAAGUUUAGCUCAUUUUGUGGGAUCCACUCGUGAUGUGAAGGACUUCAUCAGAAAGACUGCUUACAUACAAAUCGCGGACAAACUGCAGAUCAAGUGCUUCACAAUAGAGCAAAGGCUAACAAUCCUGAAGAAUGGCCUCAAAGACAGGAGUUCCGCCGUUCGCAAAGUCGUCGAAUCAGUUCUGAUCCCAUCGUGGGUUAAAUGUUGUAACAAUAAUUUGAUUCAACUGUUGAUUGCGUUAGACAUCCAAACAGAUGUGGAUUUAAUAGAGAGAAUGCUUGACAUAUACUUCAAGCACUUGAACCGCGAAGUGGUAUCCGAGGAGUUGUCGAAAACAAAGUUUCAUCAAUUGGUGGAUGAGUUUCGGGACCAGAAUAUGACAACUGAUCGCUUCAAAGAAUUGAAUGCAAAUGAGAAAACCGGUGAAACAAGUGAUGGCACCGCUGCUGGUGUUGACGCCACUAUUGAUAGCGUUAUCAGUGUUGUACCCGAAGGGCUAACCAUUCCACAGUCGAUGGCGACCGCGGAUGAGAUACCAAUUGAAGACAAUCAACAAGUCAUGGAUGAAACGGAAGUACAAAGUGUUGACUUAUUUGAUCUAUUAGUUCCUGAUGUCCCCUAUUUCUGCGCUUAUCUCGAAAAGUUUGUAAAUAAUGUCAUCACUCAAGAGCUGUCUAUUGCGGACGCAUUGGACUUUGAAUUCAUUUUCAAUCAAUUCAUGAAAGUGUCGCUACUUUUAGACAUUGGAGACGACGCCCAAAGGAAGAUCUUAGUGAAGACCAUGCGUUCAAUACUAAUCGACAGCCAAAUUGGCGACAAAUUCAAUGGCUAUAUAACGCCAGUCAUGAAGUGUUUGGGCAAAAAUGGUUUUACAGAUAAUAACGCUUAUCUGGACUUUACCGUUGAGAUUAUCAGUGAGAUAUUUGCCACAACUGUAUCCACUGCUGAUGAGAUCGAGUCGAUGGCUGAUGAGUCGAAUCGAGAACUCGAAGACAAACGAAACAAAUUAAGCGCAGAUCUGGAGAAAUGCAGAACUGAUUUACAAGAUAUGGAAUCCGAGAGCCGAGAGAGUGAAGUGCAAGACAUGAGUCAAAAGAUCAAGGAUCUGGAGACAGAGAUCAAUGUCUUAAAGGAUAAGAUCGCCGCUAAUAAUACCUCAUUAUUGUCACAAUCAUCGCAAACAUCACAACAACCAAAGAGUUUAACGGAUUACCCGAAGUCACUGAUGAGUUGUUUGCAAAUAUUUUCGAGUUGUUUGGAGUUUGGAAACUAUGUCGAAGUGAAUGCUGUAAUGCAAACACACAUCGAGAAAGUGUGUUUACCCGGUUUUCUGAGUGAUAACGUGUCGGUGCGAAGGGUUGCCACUCGAUGUCUGGGCUUAAUUUUCCUGAAAGACAUCGAACCGAUCAAAAUCAUUGCAUUGCAAAGCAUUUUCGACUCCCUGUGCGAACACGGAAUCACUUUAUUUGACGAUAAAGUGGAUAAGAAUGGCGACAAAAGCGAAGACAACUCCCAAGUGAGACAACUGGCGUUCGACGACAGCGACGAGGACUUCAUCACAUCAUUGAAACAGUUCUUUGAGACACAACUGGACUCACAGGUGGCGGAGAUCAGGGAAACCGCGGUUCAAGGGGUCGCCAAACUCCUCAUGCAUUCGCGACUCUAUUCGCCGGAACUGUUGUCCAAAUUAGUGGUGAUUUGGUUCACACCCGACGAGAAUCAGACGAUCGUUCAGUUCAUCGGCGACUUCCUGCGUCUGUACGCUUUGGCCGAAUCCCAGGGC